AUGUACUUCAAGACCAUCGUCCUCUCCACCUUCGCGGCUCUCGCCCUCGCCAACCCUCUCACCCCUCCUGCCAAGUGCAAGCCCGCCACCUACGCUUGUGCCAAGAACAGCCAAUCCGGUGUUCCUGGCUGGCAGAUCUGCGAUACCCAGGGUGUCUGGCAGUACGGCGGUGACUGCCCCCCCAAGACCACCUGCUACUUCAACGAGGUCAACCAGUCCCCUUACUGCAUCUAA